AUGACUGGGAUCACCACCAGCACCGUCGGGCUCAACGCCAUUCUCACCGGAGCCACCAAAACGAUGUCGCAUCACCCAUAUUCUGUCAUCGCCGAUAAAUCUAAGCUCUUCGGUCUUCAACUCUAUCUCGCCGAAUUGUCAAUUGCUACUCUCUCUCCUUAUCAUCGCCGUAGCUCCGCUAUCACCUGCCGUUACGGAGGCGGUGGUGGUGGCGGAGGCUCUCGAUUUCCCGGCGAUAGGCGAGGUAAGCAGAAAGAAUCCGAGGAUGAUGAUGCGCUUGAUAUCUCAGCGAUUAGGUCAGCUACUGUUAGGCUUAUUGAUGGGCAACAAAACAUGAUUGGUAUAGUUUCCAAAGAUGAAGCAGUUCGAAGAGCCGAAGAAGCUGAGCUUGAUCUGGUAAUACUUUCACCGGAUGCAGAUCCUCCGGUUGUUAGAAUGAUGGAUUACAGUAAAUACAGAUACGAACAGCAAAAGAGGAAAAAAGAACAACAGAAGAAGACUACUCGCAUGGACUUGAAGGAGCUUAAAAUGGGUUAUAACAUUGAUCAGCAUGAUUAUUCUGUACGCAUGAGAGCAGCCCGGAAGUUUUUGCAAGACGGUGACAAGGUUAAAGUGAUUGUGAACAUGAAAGGCCGGGAAAACGAGUUCAGAAAUAUUGCUAUUGAGCUCCUUAGACGAUUUCAGAAUGAAAUAGGGGAGCUUGCGACUGAGGAGAGCAAAAACUUCCGGGACAGAAAUUUGUUUAUUGUCUUGGUGCCAAACAAGGAAGUUCUUCGGAAAGGGCAAGAACUGCCCCCAAAAAAGAAGAAAAAGCCAGCUGAUGACGAAGUUUCAGCGGCAGGUAUACCUGCAACGCAAGAUAUAUGA